AUAGAAACUGCGCAAUCACAGCGCUUGGACUGCCCCGACUCAAACAAUGCAUCUAGACUGUCGUUACAGUUUGGUAUAUAGUCAUUCGACCUACAACAGCCACUGACACAGCAAGGAUGUGCGCCACAUACGACCCAAACGUUUAUUUUCCGAUCAAAGAGUUUGAAAGCGACAGAAUCAAGCUUGUACCCUUCCGCCCAGAGGUAGACGGCGAAGCGUUCUACACUGCGUCCGCGCCGCAUCCUGAGCUAUAUGAAUGGACUGCUUUCGGUCCUUUCUCCACCGCGAAAGGGUUCCUGGAUUUCAUUGAGGGCGGCAUGCACCUCGAUCCCUCCUUCGCCCUCUUCGUCAUCUACAACAAGUCUACCGAGAAUCAAGCACACCAGCUCGCUGGGCUCAUCGGCCUCCUGAACACGAACCCUGCCAAUCUCAGCACUGAGAUGGGUCCCGUCUUCACGCUCCCGCCGUUUCAGCGCACGCACGUCACGACGCACGCCAUCGGUCUCUUGCUCGCACACUGCUUCGAAGAGCUGAAGCUGCGGCGCGUGCAAUGGCAAACGAACGCGCUCAACGAGAAGUCGAUCGGUACGGCGCAAAAGAUGGGCUUCACGCUGGAAGGUAUCGUCCGCUGGCAGCUGCUGCUUGCUCCCGGGAAGCAUGAGCACGGCCUAAAGCCUCGAGAGGGCGAUCCGAAACCAGAAUGCUACGGGAGGAACACGGCGUUGCUGAGUGUAUGUUGGGACGACUGGGAGAGUGGGGUGAACGAGAAGGUGCGGGAGCGGAUGGCUCGGAGGUGAAUGGUCCCACCUUACUUUUCCAUUGACAUCCUUGCUCAGAACGUCUCACAUCUUGCCUUUUGAUUGGUGUAAAUGUACUGAAACUAGAAUUCAUUGGCAUCGGCGUCAGUUUGGCU